CUCCUUGGUGUGACUAUGCGAGCAGAACGUGUGCGGCGGUAAUGGCUGCCAGGGAGAGUGAGGAAGACAACAAAUGAACCCCAGAGAGACGACUCACAGUGAGGACUAGGAUGGUAAGCAGCCAGCCGAAGUACGAGCUGAUCCAGGAGGUGGGGCGUGGCAGUUACGGUGUGGUCUAUGAGGCAGUGGUGAAGCGCACAGGCGCCCGGGUGGCGGUGAAGAAGAUCCGCUGCCAUUCUCCGGAGAAUGUGGAGCUCGCCCUGCGGGAGUUCUGGGCCCUCAGCAGCAUCCAAAGCCAGCACCCAAACGUCAUCCACCUGGAGGAGUGCAUCCUGCAGCGGGACCAGCUGGCUCAGAGGAUGAACCACGGCUCCAGCUCCCCGCUCUACCUGGAGCUGGUGGAGACGUCUCUGAAAGGCGAGAUCACAUUCGACCCGUGCUGUGCCUAUUACUUGUGGUUUGUUAUGGACUUCUGUGACGGGGGCGACAUGAACGCCUACCUGCUGUCCCGCAAACCGAGCCGCAAGACCAACACCAGCUUCAUGCUGCAGCUGGGCAGCGCCCUGGCCUUCCUGCACCGAAACCAGAUCAUACACCGCGACCUCAAACCAGACAACAUCCUCAUCUCCCAGGCCUGCACGCCGGCCGGCUCGACCGAGCCCACCCUCAAAGUGGCCGACUUCGGCCUGAGCAAGGUCUGCUCCACCUCUGGGCUCAACCCCGAGGAGCCGGCCAGCGUCAACAAGUGCUUCCUGUCCACAGCGUGCGGAACAGACUUCUACAUGGCCCCGGAGGUCUGGGAGGGUCACUACACGGCCAAAGCGGAUAUCUUCGCCCUGGGGGUGAUUAUCUGGGCCAUGGUGGAGCGCAUCACCUUUGUGGACGUGGAGACUCAGAAGGAGCUGCUGGGGAGCUACGUGCAGCAGGGCUCAGAGAUUGUACCCUUAGGGGAGGCCCUGUUAGAGAACCCAAAGAUGGAGCUGCUGAUCCCUGCCAGGAAAAAGAGCAUGAACAGCCACAUGAAGCAGCUGAUCAGGGAGAUGCUGUCGGCCAACCCUCAGGAACGGCCCGACGCCUUUGAACUGGAGCUCAGACUGGUUCGUAUCGCCUGCAGAGAGCUGGACUGGGACACGUGAUGGACGAGCAAAUGGCACCACAGACUCAGCCGGUCAAGCACAUGUACACAUCUCAUCAGCUACUGUUCACUUAGAUCACAUAACAGGACUAUUGUUUUUUAACGUGGGAACAAUAAUUAGAAUAACCAUUGUCUGUAUCGUGGCUUAACUUUAUCCACUGUCCAAGCACAUGCAGUCCUCUGCGAGCUGUGUCUUUAUAUUGGAGGGGAGAGGUGUGACACCCACCGCUGCUGCUGCUGCUCCAAAUUGCAGCUUAGUCUCAGGCUAAUCACAUCACAGCUUCCACUUCCUCCUUACAGAAUCACUCAAGUGUGCUGGAAGAGCAGAAUGACCCCCAAAGUCCUGGAUUCAAUUAGAAGAGAAAGUCAAAGUGACGGUGAGACAGUUUGUCUACAAAUACCAUCUUGGACUCGGUGCUAAUUGUUACUAAAUGCAAUAUGAGACAUUAUCCUGUGAUCAUGACAGCGUACAUUUAUCCAAAGGGCCAAGAUUAAAACACAGUCACCUCAGUGUUAAAAGGCUUCGACAGAACCUGACUUACAAACUGAUUUCAGCCUGGUACGUGACCACCAGCAUUAAUCUUUUCAAUAUUUACAUCAAGAUUCGAUUCUAUUUUUGGCAUCAAUUGCAGGAAUGCCCUUAACGCUCAGGUAAUAAAGACAUACAGCAUGAUGGUAUUUGUAGACAAACAUCUCGUGGUCAGUUUUGCUCAGUCGUCUCGGAGGAGAAAAAUACCAGACUUUGGUGCUUAAAGAUAACUUUUUUUCUGUGGGCUGCUUCGUUGGUUGUGUGGGUGGGGGACAUUUUAUCAGUUAGUGACCAACCAGCGGGUGCUUGUUGGCUUUUUUCCUCUUCUUGCCCAUUACAGACUUAAAGAUAAGUCGACUGAUCCCAGACACACCCCUAACCAAUAUACCAGAAUGUAUAACAAGCAAGACCGGUCACCUUUGUUUGUAUAGAGCCUUAAACGCAAACACUUCAUUUUCAUUGCAGAGUGCUUCACGCAGUUAAUGAGGAGGAGAGCUUAAAGGAUAAUUCUGGUUUAUUACAGCUUGGUACUGUUCCUGUUUGUAGUAAUGACAUCAUACUGACAGAGUUAAUCGACCCCUCACUGAGCCCUGCACCCCUGUCCCUGUUGCUGUGCCUGGUAAAAUAAUAUUUUAGUAGUGGUGGCAGAUUUACCAACAGAAAAAAAUAUUUUUUGCGGGCAGUGUUGGUCAAAAUCAAAAGAUUAUUUCCUAUGAACGAGUUAAUAGCUAGAUUAUCUGUCUAGAUAACCUUAUAGGCUUAAUCAGGCACUUUUUAAAGUGGGAACAUUGUGCAAAGUGAAGCGCUUCAUGCACCGCACAAAGGGCACCGAAUGUUUAACUAACUACAAAUGUCCACUGUAAAGCGUAAUGGAACUGUGCGGUGGCAGCGGCACGAUUGUAUUUUGUACGCACUAGAACACUAGAACAUCUAGGUCCCCAUAUGGGCAUGUACUCCUCAGCGAAUAAGUGAGCGUGAAAGAGAGGGAGAGAUUAGGCUCGUUUGAGAUGAACUGCGCCUCUCCUGGAAAGUAGACGAGAGCAGACAAAAAGCUGCGGUGAA